AUGCAUCUCGAUCAGGACCCUGACCUGGUCGACCACAACGAUGAAGAAACCGAUAUUGACAAUGACUCUGCCUUUGACGAAACUGCGAGCGCCAUGUCCACAACUGCUUCGCUAACGGAAAGCAUAUUGAACUACCGAAAUAUCCACGGUCGCACUUACCAGCGGUCACCGUCCACGGCGUAUUGGGGACCGAAUGAUCAGAAGCAGAUGGAAGGCUUAGACUUGACACAUCACUGGAUGACUCUAUUAUUUGAUGACAAGCUGUACCUGGCGCCGAUUGGGGAUAACCCGCAGAGGAUUCUCGAUGUUGGGACAGGGACAGGAAUAUGGGCCAUCGACGUCGCCGAUAUGCUACCCUCCGCCGAAGUAAUCGGCACUGACAUCUCACCUAUCCAACCUACCUGGAUCCCCCCUAACUGCCGCUUCCUCAUCGACGACGCCCAACUCAACUGGGGCUGGAAACCCGACUACUUCGAUUUUGUCCACCUGCGCCACCUCGUCGGCUGCAUCGACAACUGGUCGCGCUUCUACUCCCAAGCCUUCUCCCGCCUCAAACCCGGCGGCUACUUGGAGCACUGCGAGUUCGAUAUCAAGACGCGCAGCGACACCGAUCUCGUGGGUCCCGAUCACGUCUUUACGAAAUGGUACGAGGUCCUCAUAGAAGCCAGCGAGAAAACGGGUCGGAGCUUCCGGUACCCCUCCCAAGAGGGAGCGACAGAGGACUUGAUGAGGCAGGUGGGCUUCGUUGACGUGGUACACCAGACCUGGAAGGUGCCCAUCGGCGCUUGGCCCAAGGAUACAAAGAUGAAGCAGCUUGGGCUAUUCACUUUUGAGUUCAUCGACUCAUCGUUGGAAGGGUUUGCCCUGUAUUUGCUCAAGGAGAUUAUGGGUUGGGAGUUUGAGGAUAUUCAGGGUAUUGUGAAUGGCAUGAGGAGGGCGAUACGGCGGAACAAGCUGAUGCCUUAUUUCGUAUUGCAUCUCACUUAUGGAAGGAAACCGGAUUAA